AUUUCCUAACCUGUACUCUGUCCACAUGGACCCCGCCUACUGGCCUGACCCGGACCGGUUUGACCCCGAAAGGUUUCUGGACGCGGAAGGGAACGUUAUCGACAAGCCUGAGUCUUUCCUGCCCUUCUCUGGAGGCCGGCGCGUGUGCAUUGGUGAAAAGCUGGCCAGGAUGGAGCUUUUCCUGUUCUUCUCGACCCUGCUGCAGUCCUUCACCUUCAAGGCGCCAGAGGGCGCUCCUCCGACCGACGGCGUCGUUGGGAUAACCUGGGGUCCGCAUCCGUUCAAGCUCUGUGCCAUUCGGCGUUAGCUUAACACUAGAUCACCUUUAUUCGCGGCAUAAACGAUAUACGUUGUACCUAAAACGGUAUUUUGGGAUAUCAAGUCGGAAGACGGCGGUUUCAAAUUGCAUUUUAUUCAAAUAUUGCAGUUGGAAACCACCGUCGUUCAACUUGAUAUCCCAAAGUAGUCUGGAUUUAAGUACUUUGGAUAUAGGUUUCCCCGCGAAUAAAGGUGAAUACCCUGAAUUAUCCGGACCAGGAGCAUUUAAUGAUUUCCUUUUAUCAAACAUUGAUAUUUUUCAAUGGAAAUUUACAGGGUGGUAGAACCUGCUCAGAACAUUACAAAAAUAUUGAUUGACCGGACGUUGAACUGUACCUUACACUUUGGCCCCCUUGUAUGCAAUGUAACUAAAGGUCUCCAAGGUCGUGGGGCCACUACAUGGUUGGAUGAUGUAAUCCACUUAUGAAUCCUUCUACAAUAGAAGCCAGUUAAUCUCACCACGGAUAAUUGCACACUGUUAAUUUCAUGGUAUCUUCAAAUCC